AUGGAACUAGAGUCGAGCCAUGUAUAUGGAGAACAAGAUUUACUACCAUUGGACCAGAGGCAACACUGGCCAACAUGGGCUAUUAUUCUCGUCGUUGUAUGCGUGUUUCUAACUGUAUUUGCGUUUCUACUCGGGAAUUGCAUCACAAAACGGACUACUCCUUUACGGUUUAAAGGUGGUGCAACGAAUAAGGCAGCAAAUGUACGUGUUGAAAAUCGUCGAAUGUGGGGCGCUGGAUUUUCUGGAGGAAUGUGGGCAGCUGCAUAA